AUGCAGGAUGGAGAGCAGAUUCGACAGGAUGGCUUCCUCCAAGGCUAUUCCUCCCUGGUGUGGGGCGUGAUUGCUCUUCAGGCGGUGGGAGGCCUGGUUGUGGCCGCGGUGCUCAAGUACGCCGACAACAUCCUCAAGUGCUUCGGCAACGCGAUGUCCAUUGUAAUCAGUUGCCUGAUGUCUGCGGCGUUGCUGCAGGAGUUUGAGCCCGACAUCCUCUUCGUGCUGGGCACGCUUCUCGUGCUCGUGGCGACGACGCUGUACAGCCUGGGCGUGCCAGCGGAGCUGAAGAGGCUUCUCAUCAAGGAGUGCGCGAAGGUCGAGGAUGGCGCCAAAGUGUAA